AUGGAUUCUUAAGACCAAUUGUUAGAUAAACUCGAAGACCACAUCCACGACAUCACCAGUUAUACAAGAAGUCGAGCGCUGAAUGUGUGGUGCACUCUAUGUCAGGCCGAAGCCAUACCACUUCCACGACUCGAGACUUUAAUAGAAGCCGUUAUCGGAAGACUUCGUGAUAAGUCUUGUUUUGUCCGCAAAUACGCGAUUCAAUUCUUGAAUCAAUUCUUAACUAAGAAUCCAUUCGCUGCUAAACUUCCGCUCGAAUUGCUUAAGACUUAUCACCGAAAAGAAGACGAAAAACUUAAAGCAUUAAUGCUUUUAUCGGAACAAAAUGAGAACCAAACGAGUGAUGAAAACACUAACGAUUCGCAGCAAUUGACGAACACUUGGAAUUCAAUUGAAUUAGAAUUCGUUGAGUUUUGGACAGAAAUCUUAAAGACUUCUGACGCGACUUACGAUGAAGAGGGCGAUGACAUUGAAAACCAAACCAUUGUUUCCGAUUGCGAUGAUAUCGAACCCGUUUUCGAUAGAUUUCGCGCUUUGAUUACAGAAAAGAAGUUCAAAACCGGUCUCUCUUUGCUUAAGAAACUCAGAGAAGAAUUUCCAGACAAUGAAAUCAUUACACAUAGAGAUGACGAGGAGAUGAAUGAAAGCGAUGACAAUGAAAACACCGACGAGGAGAUGGAUAGCGAAGACAAUCCUAAUAAUAAAUCAAAGAAUAAAAGGCAAGUUUUAUAUUCGAAUGUAACAAAUGCUGAGAAAUCUAUACUUGAUUUGGGCUCAAAAGCUGUGGAGAGAGACAUCGAAAAGAUAGCGACGGUUUUGAUUCGGUCGAGUCAACAGACGGAGGAGAACAUAGAGUCUCAGAGCAGAGCCCCGACCACAACCAUACAAGUGGCCAGACUUUCGAUCGACAGAACCGAUGGUUCGGCCGAAUCUAUAGUCAACGAUAUUAGUCGACAACAGAUUCUCGUCAAGUAUUUGAGUGAUUGUAUUAAAUUCACUGAACAAAUACAGAUCGCUAUUCCGUUGGUUUCGGACCUAUUGUUGUCCCGUAAUAUAACGGACAUUCAAGAGGCCAUUGAGUUCUUUGUGUCCGCCUAUAAGUUUGGUGUGAAGGACGCCAUAUUUGGUGUCAGAAAAUUAAUUUUGUUGGUCUGGUCUCAGGAGAAGUCUAUCAAAGAUUCAGCCGUUUCUGCGUAUAAACGCAUUUAUUUAGACUUUGAAAGCGAUGCCAGACUUUCGGAAAUGUCCGAAAAGCAUAAGGCGUUUUCAGUGGUCAAGAGUUUGUCGGAGUUAGUAAUGGGCGCCACUUUAGGUGAACUCAUUUCAAUUGAACAACUAUUGAAAGAGUUGAUGGACUCGAAUGAGAUCCAACAGAUCCACAUUCAGGUGCUUUGGGAGCGGUUUUCCAUGAAAUUAACGAAUACCACAUCCGAAGAGAGCAGAGUUGCCAUUCAAUUGAUAGGAAUGCUGUCGACAUCUAAUCCAGAACUGAUCCGUUCGAAGGAAAACCUGAACGCAAUCAUUACCGAAGGAUUGGGCGAAAGGGGACGCAAAGAUUCACGACUUGUCAGCGAGACGUGCAUUGCUUUGGGAAAAGCAUAUCGUUUGCCAAAGACUGAUACCUGCGAACAGUUCUACCGUUUGCCCAAAGAUCACGAAUUGUUCACUCAUUUGCGGACAAUUUUGCUCAACGGUUUGGACAACUUGUCGGACAACUACUACGAUAUGAUGUCCGACAAUAUAAUUAAAGUGAUCUUCCAAUUGGCAGAACAUCCCGACUCUCUUAGCGAACAAUUCAUACGAGAAAUGCUUUUAAAGUUAAUAUCAUUGACUCAAAGCGAAGAACUGACGACUGAUAUGCAGACCGUUUCGUUAGACAACGCGAACAAAGAGAAUUGCGAACAGAUCUCUAAUCAGGACAUCACUGAAGCCGAUAGA